GGCAAGGCACAUAAAUAAGACAAUUGGUUCUGGCAAGUAUUCUGACUACAUAAGGUUAUACCUGGAUUUAUUUUACCUCGAAGAGAAAAGUUAGCCAACACUUAUGCCGCUGAUGAUGAGGGUGAACGUUGUUUUGGGCGUUUGCCUUGGUACCCUCUUGCUGGGAUUUCCCACCAUUAGUUCACGUCAUGUGAAUAUCCCCAUACCAGACGGACUGGAAGAGGACAUCUUGGGCGACCGGUUAGUGGCAGACAAGCACCUGACACAGCGUUUUUCACAGUGGUAUCACAAACGCCAGCAGCACGCUCAGAAGAGGUGUGGUCUUCAGGAUAUUCCUCCUAUUAACCCGCACUACAAGAUAGUUGGCGGUAGACAGGCUAUACCUGGAAGCUGGCCAUGGAUGGUAUCAAUAUAUCAGACAACACUAGAGAAUCACAUUUGUGGUGGCUCACUCAUUGAUGAGCGAUGGGUUCUAACUGCAGCGCAUUGUUUUGAUAUGCUGCAGGCUGGUGUCGUAACCUACUCCAGCUACAUCGUGCGUGCUGGGAAAACUUUGCUGGACGAAGAAGAGGAUACGGAGCAGGAUUUGGAAAUCGAAAAAGUUAUCAUCCAUCCUUUCUAUAACAUAAGGACACUGGAUAACGACAUAGCCUUGGUGAAGUUGACGUCACCAGCUAGAAAAUCACAAAGCAUUUCUCUGAUUUGUCUGCCUUCCCCAAACGCAGGGCCUUUGGAACAUUGGAAAGAACUGGUGGCUACAGGGUGGGGAGCAACGAAGUCAGGUGGCAUUCCUGGGAUGAUUAAGAUGUCCUCAACCCUUCGACAGGUGGCUCUCCCUUUGAUUCCUCGCCAAACUUGUCAAAACUUCAAUUGUUGUCAGCAGAACCUAACAGAGAGCAUGUUCUGCGCUGGAUACGAGUUGGGAGGCAGGGAUACGUGUGAUGGAGACAGCGGAAGUCCGCUUCAGUUCCAGAACUUUGGUAAAUGGUUCAUCAAAGGCAUCGUGAGCUGGGGAGGGGCGGGACCCACGGACUGCGCUCAGCCAAUGAAACCUGGCGUGUACACGGAUGUCUUCCAGUUCGUGUCGUGGAUCCUGGGGAUAGUGGCGGACCUUUGCAGUGUAGUGCGAAUGAAAAAUGGUUCCUCCAAGGCAUCUUUGUUGUCCAAUGGCGCCCAUAUUUGCGGAGCGACCCUCAUUUCCAGCCGAUAUGCCAUCACAGCCGCUCACUGUGUCAGCAGCACAGGCAACCUGAACAGGUACAAACUGGUUCUGGGCUCUCACAGACGCUCGUCCACUGAUUCCGGACAAGUCACCGCCAGCAUCUCCAAGAUAACACUCCACGUUAACUACAACUCUAACACCCUCAACAACGACAUUGCUAUGAUAGAGUUAUCGUCCUCAGUGUCCUUCAGCGAUACUAUUUCCCCAGCUUGUAUCGCCACCACAGACUUCCCUGCAGGCACCAUGACCACUGUCACCGGAUGGGGAACCAUGUCCAGUGGAGCGGGGUCGUUACCAGAUCGCCUGAGGGAGGUGGAUGUACCCUUGAUCUCACACAGUCAGUGUAGUAGCUGGGUUAGCGGCGUCUCUUCCACCACCAUGAUCUGUGCCGGGUACCAAGAGGGAGGAAAGGACUCAUGCCAGGGUGACAGCGGGGGCCCACUGGUGGUGUUGUCUGGAGGAAAAUGGUACUUAUUAGGUGUUGUGAGCUGGGGUUACGGAUGUGCCGGACGUCAAAGUCCCGGGAUCUACACCAGGGUGCCCAACUACACUUCCUGGAUCAAGCAGUACUCCGACUUGUAAACAGGCUAACAAAUCUGAACAGG